AUGUUCAUACUUUUUGAUUUUUUAAUAACAAAUCCUCUUUUUAUCUCUACACAAAGUUAUCUCAAUAACUUAAUAGCUGAUAUAUAAGUAGUAAGCAGUAAUUAAAUUGUCAUUUCAACUUAAAAUAAUGUAUAACUACUUAAUUUAGAUUUUUAAUCAUACAAAUACAGCUUUUAUGGAGCAACAACCCAGCUUUUUAUUUAGUAAAAUUAAAACCUAAAAAUUUUCUUUGCAAAUAUCGAAACAAAUCCUUUAGAUCAAUCUUAUUAUGUAUUCAAUUUGAUUGGUUAUGAUUUAGGAUUGAAUGAUGUGGUAUUUUACAAGAUACCAAUUAUCAGUAGCAAUGAUAAUUAUACUUGCUUAGAAGUUUUUGAAAAUCCUACUUAAGUCAUGAUAUAAAAGAAAAUAGAUGGAUAUUAAUAGCUUCAAAAUUCUCUCACUGUUCAAGUUAAUAAUUACCAAUUUUAAUUGGAAUUUACAUAAAACCUUCUUAAUUAAAAUAAUACUUAUAUUCCAACUGCUUAUCCAAUAAUAAUACCUCAUUAAUCAAAUAAUUUAAAACAAUAACUUAUAUUCACUGGUGAUAAAUUAUUUUGUUUAUUAAUGCAACCAUUUACGUUAAAGACAAUGUGUUGA